AUGGCCCGCGUCCUCGCCCGCGCCCGCGCCCUCCCCGCCCUCUGGCGCUUCCUCCGCCGCAGCGAAACCCUAGUCACGACCCCCACCGUCACAUACGUGAUCCAAACCCUAGGCGAGGAGGGGCUCUUUAAGCAGGCCCUUGCGGCGUUCUACCGCAUGAAGCAGCUCCAUUGUAAGCCCGACGUCCGGUGCUACAACGCCGUCAUUGCCGCAUUGUGCCGCGCCGGGUGGUUUAGGAAGGCAAGGUUUUUGCUGGAUCAGAUGGAGCUUCCCGGGGCGCGGUGCCCUCCGGAUUCGUACACGUACACCAUCUUCAUCACCUUCUACUGCAAAAGGAGCUUGGAAACCGGUUGCCGGAAGGCGAUACGGAGGAGGAUCUGGGAAGCAAAUCAUAUGUUCCGGAGAAUGGUUUUCAAUGGUUACACCCCUGAUGUUGUUACCUAUAAUUGCUUGAUCGAUGGGCUUUGUAAAACUUAUCGGAUCGGUCGUGCGCACGAGUUGUUCGAUGAAAUGUCUAAGAAGGGUUGUACUCCUAAUCGGGUGACAUACAAUUCGUUUAUAAGGUAUUAUAGUGCCAUUAACGAAGUUGAUAAAGCUGUAAAUAUGAUGAGGGACAUGGUAGAGAGGGAGCAUGGAAAACCCACCUCGAGUUCUUACACGCCAAUCAUACAUUCGUUGUGCGAGAGCCAUAGGAUUAAGGAGGCGAGAGAUUUCUUAGUUGAGAUGGUCGAGGGAGGGCAUGUUCCUAGAGAAUUCACGUAUAAGUUAGUUAGGAAUGCUUUGGAUUGUGCAGGUGAAGAGGGUUUGCCAGAGGAGAUGUGUCAGUGGAUAGAGGAUGGUAUUGAUGCCAGAAUUAAGCAGGUUAUGCGAGUGAAACCCCUGAUGCGUCGUUGAAGAUCAAAUAUAACUUAAGAUCUUAUGCUUUGCUUGUGGUUUAGAAGAGCGGCGAUCUCAAUAUCUGAUGAAGGGAGGUUGAUGUUUUUAAUUUAUUCUCGGUCCCAUGCAAGGAAUUCUUCGUCCGAGGCUUGCAUCUUAGUCUACCAACAUUCACGAUGUAUCUGUUUGGAAUGGGUGCAGUGGUAUCAAAGAUGUGAAUGCUUUGGUUGAUUUGUUCAGAUGGUUGCACAGUUGCUCACUUCCUUGGAUAUAUGGAUCAAUAGAUGGGU